AUGGCCGAUUUUCACGGACGCAAGUCACUGCGCAUCGAGUCCCGGCGCCUCGAGCAGCUCUGCACCGGGCCAGGCAAACACGCGACCCCAUUGACACCCGCCAUCGCCAUUGCCAUUGCCAUCGCCGUCGCCACCAUCAUCGCCAUCACCAUCACCAUCACCAUCACCGUCACCAUCACCAUCGCCAUCACCACCUCCAUGCCGCCCAGGAUCUCCGCCCGCGCCGCCUGGGCCUCGCCGCCGCCCGCCAGCUGCCUCCACGCCCACGCCCACGUCCGCCCCUUCUCCGCCACACGGCCCGCGCUGGCCCUCGGCCCCCAGUCCCCCAACUACAUCGAGGUGCCGCAGCCGGCGCAGCCCACGUUCCCCCUCGACCCCGACCUCAAGGGCCACCUGCCCAUCCCGCGCGACAUCUUCCAGACACGCAACCAGCACCCCAAGCACUCGGACGCCUUCCUGCGCAAGUCGACCAAGGAUGCAAAGCACCCAAAGGCCCCCGGGCCCUUCAGCCGCGACGCCGACCUCCGCCUGUACAAGCAGCGCCUGGCCGACGCCCGCAAACUCGCCCUGAAGGAGGGCGUCCAGGAGCUGCACGCCCGCAAGCUCGCCUCGGACGCCCAGCACCUGCACCGCAUCCAGAAGAGCGGCGAGCUGCGCACCGCCCUGGCCAUGGCGCCCCGCCGCCGCGUCGACGUCCUGACCGACACCUCCGUCUCCAAGGGCGUGCGCGACUUCCUCGCCGACGCCCUCCCCGCCGCCAACAAGAACAGGGACGCGCGAACAAGGGCCUACGAGCGCAGACUGGCCGCCCAGCAGGCCGUGCGCGAGGCCCGUCUGCACGACCUUUACACCAACGCCCGCCACUUCAUCGUCAGCGAGGAGCAGCUCGACGACGCCAUUGAGAAGACGUUCGGCACAGAAGACUCGCCCAUCGGCUGGGACGUCAGGGGCAACAUGGGCCCUCGCGCAGAGGGCAAGGAGGGCCUGUCGCCCUGGCACGGGCCCAUGCCCGAGGGUGUCGGCGACAGGAUGAACAAGCUGCGUGGUGGCGAGGGCGUCGGCCUGGCCAAGGAGCGGGUCAAGAAGCUGGCCGAGGUCCUGACCGGUGGAAAAAUGUAA